AUGCAGGGCUGGUAUCUACACCUCGAACGGCAAUAUUCGCAGGUUGUUCCAUUGUUCCAUUCAGAGCUUCCAGAUUGGAUAUACCAGUUACCGCAGGUUCAGGAAACUUGGAGCGCAGAAUCACAGACUCUCGAGGGCUAUACAGACCUAGUUCAUUCAGUGGCAUUCUUAUCCAAUGGCCGGUUAAUAGCGUCCAGCUCGUUUAAUAAGACAUUCUGGGACCCAGUCGCAGGCGCUCUACAAGAAAUCUUAAGCACUAAUGACUCUGUCACGGAACUCGAAUUUUUGCAAGAUAGCUCCUAUCUUUGCACCAACCUAGGACCGUUCAAGGUUCAAUCUAGCUGUGGCAACCCUAUCUCCAAUUCACUCAACAUGGUCCCACGAAUCUCUCUACAGUGUGCAUGGAUAGCUUCAAAUGGGAAACAAGUAUUAUGGCUACCUCCCGAGGCCAGGCCUUCUUGUUAA